GAUGCAAAUUUGUGUGUUUUCUGAUAAAGACUAUGCAGAUAAACGUGGCUGGAGGUACGUGAAGAUCUUUAUCUGGAUUAAAUGCCUAUACCAUUGCCUGUGGAAACGUCAUCAGGGAACAAAUGGGGAGCAUUCGUGGAAAUAUUUUUGUUUAAAUGAACCGGAUCACAGAGAACAGUGCGUGACAUGUUUAAUUAACAUGAAAUCAUGUUAGAUAGCUUAAUAAUUUAUGCUCUGGUAAUCAGCUACAUUAUACUCCAAUGAGCUUUGAGAAGUUGGAAUCAGCCUGCCUUCUAAAAAUUUUAAUAUUUGCACCUCUUAUAGUUAUAGUGACUAUAGGUGAUACCUAUAGUGACUAUGGAUGUUCCUAUAGUUGGAAUUGAUGGAAUGUAUUAGCUGCAACCUGUCUUCAGGCUAGGCUCGUUAAGGCAGCGGCCGACCUCAAAGACACAUUCAUAAAUUUUAACGUACUGCGUAAGCAAAAUUGGCCUUUUGUCAAUUAUAAAGUAAUGUUAUUAUAUACUAGAAUGUGUUGAAUAAUUAGGCUUAACUUAGGUUAGGUUAGAUAGUUAGGUUUUGUUUAUAAUUAUUGGUAUUUGGAGUACGUGGCUGAUUAUAGUGCUGUUGAUGAGGACGAGCUGUCGAAUCGCCAACCCGUCUUCCUAAGGUUUUCCAACGUCAAAAAACUGGCGUCUUAAAGUGCCCUUAUCCGAACUUAUCAGAGGACCCAAAACAGAAAACGAAACUGCAUAUCAAUUUUGCGAGCCGCUUCCAUUUUCUAGUACGACGAAUUUUGCCCUUAAAUAGAGUAUACGUCAAUAUGUGACGCUCUAUUAGGAGGACGGGUUGCAAAUCGUGGGUCUUCACCCACGUAUUAACAAGUGCAACUAAUCUCGAAGAAAACCUGAACACCUAACCUAAGCUAUGCCUAACUAUACAUAGAACUUUAAUAUAUAUUAAUAUUAAUUUAUAUGGGAACAAACCUAUAUUUUUUAAUACACAAUAUGUUAAAAUUGAUAAAUAUGUCUUGGAAGACGGUGGCAGUUCUAACGAGCUGUAUAUGUACUGAGGUCCUGGUUACAACCUGGCCAGCAACCUGGCCCGAGGACAGUUUGCAGUUUUUGGUAUGCCCUUUUCAAAUUCGAAUAGUACAAAACAGACUAUUUUUGUGAACAUAUUCAUGAACAUAAAUAUGUUUAUUCUAUACAUAAUCACUAUAGGUAUAGUCCGCGGUUGGAGGCCAGACGCUUGGAGCUAGUCUCAACCAACUUUAAAAAAAAAAUCAUAUUGAGUAGAGGAGUGUCAGAGGCCAGUCGGUGUCGGCCCAAGUGAAAUGCUUUAAGAAAUAUUUAUAGAGCCAACCAGGAGAUUUUCAUGAAAUCAAGUCUGAAAUUUGUGUUGUGUUUUCCAUAGAAUUGUUCAGCAAUUACAGUGCUUCGUAAUAAUAAAUUUGUUGAAAGUGGGGAAAUAGGAAGAAGGAUAAUGAAAGCAGAGGGGACGAGGGUGAGAAAAGACCCGAGCACAGCCGGGUACCCCUUCCAGUGUGUUAUGAAAUAAACAUGUGAGCUUCCCCUAGUGUUUCACAGUAGCCCAGUGCUCAGUGCAGAUGAUUCACAACGCAAAGGUCUUGGGUUCGAUUCCCGCCAGGAAAGAUGUUUGAGUAAAUAGUUACUCUUAAGGAUGCAACUGGUGUGGGUUGCAUCCUGGGAACGUCAGCAGUGGGGACCGGGAUAGGUUGAACAGGCUUCCUGUCCUUGACAAUCGUAACCCACAUUGUAUUAUAAUUACUAGAUAAUAUUAAUAAUAUAUUUAAGAGCUUAUCUGUUUAUAUCUUUAAAGGGCUUCUACCAAUACACAAUCACCACAGAUAAGGCCAGGCCAUCAUAUCCUAAUCGCAGAGGUCGCAUCGUUAUCAGGACUCCUUACCAAUUAGUAAACAUGUGUCGCUCAAUGUGUGAAUAUUAUUAGUCCGCCAUGAAUCUUUCUUCAAGGGACAGAGAUUCGUUUUAAUAUAUAUCUUGCUUCGAGCAAAACUCACGUAGCCUAGCCCGGAUUCAGCAGGUCGUCCAGUGCCCCAUGCGGAGGACAUACAUGCAUACGUUAUUAAUGUGCUUCCUUCACUUGAGAACGAGGGGAAUAUGGCAGAUGGCGUUGGUGACGAUGUUGGUGGUGAUGAUGGGGUUGCUGGUGGUGUGGCAAACGAUGGGGGAGGUGGUAGUAUACGAGGACCUGGCUGAAAGCCGCUUAAUAAGCACCUCCUCCGCCCGCUGGCUCCGCAAGGUGCUCAAGAAAUACGACUCUCGCGCUAAUGUCACCACGCCCGAACUAAUCAAAGCCAAUGGGUACCCGGCGGAGACCCACCACGUCACUACUGAGGACGGGUACAUCCUGGAGCUGCACAGGAUCCCCUGUGGCAUCAAGGCUGGUCGUCGCCAGGCUCCUGACGACGAUGAGGCUACGAGGGAACACUCUAGCUGCCCGCGGCGUCGUCCCGUAGCGUUCCUGCACCACUGCCUCCUCUGCUCUUCCUCAGAUUUCAUCAUGAACUACCCUGACAAGGCUCUAGCCUACAUGCUAGCGGACGCUGGCUACGACGUCUGGCUCACCAACGCUCGCGGCAACACCUACUCUCGCACUCAUGUUAAACUCUCCACACAUGACAAAGAAUUUUGGCAAUUCAGCUGGAGCGAGAUGGCGCUGUACGACGCGCCAGCAGCUAUCGACUACAUACUGGACUUGACUGGCCAAAAAAGCUUGUAUUACGUGGGCUUCAGCAUGGGCACUACGGUCUUCUGGGGCAUGCUGAAUGACCGCCCACAGUAUGCUGCCAAGAUUCGAUUCAUGGUUGCCCUUGGUCCCGUAGCCUACGUGCGACACAUUGAGGGGCCUCUGGGGUAUGCUGCCACCUUUGUCAAUCAAAUCGAAACCACCUUCUCUCUGAUGGACAAAUAUGAAAUGCUGUCAUUUGGACCUGUAAUGGACCGUCUUCUCGCUACUUUUUGCAAUGAGAAAUUGUUCACUUCCUUCAUCUGCCGCAACAUUCUCUUUCUCAUCUAUGGCCCGGACCCUGAGGGACUAAAUAAGGAGUUUCUACCUGUGAUGUUAUCCCAUACGCCGGCCGGCACUUCUGUACGCACAGUUACGCACUAUCUCCAGGAAGUCAAUUCAGGAAAGUUUCAGAAAUAUGACUUUGGAAAAUUAGGGAACCUGAAGCAUUAUAAUUCGGCGAGUCCUCCAGUUUACAACCUGAGCCAUGUGACAACACCGGUUGCUGUCUUCUGGUCCCAACACGACUGGCUAGCAGAUCCUACGGAUGUCUUACACCUGGUGAGCGAAUUACCUAAUGUUGUCUACGAGCACCGCGUCGAGGAUCCUCUCUUUACGCAUCUGGACUUUGUGUGGGCUCUCCACGCGGACACGCUGGUCUAUGAGCACCUCUUGCGAGUCAUGGCUCGCUACUAGCCCACCACGGGGACAACUGCAACACCACAUGCUCACUUAUUGUACCAAGACAUCUCUAGUUGCAACAAGACAUCGCUAGUUGCAGCAAGACAUCGCUAGUUGUAACAAGACCUCGCUAGUUGUAACAAGACAUCACUCGUUGCAACAAGACAUCACUAGUUGCAACAAGACAUCGCUAGUUGUAACAAGACAUCAUUAGUUGCAACAAGACAUCACUAGUUGCAACAAGACAUCACUCGUUGCAACAAGACAUCAUUAACUGCAACAAGACAUCACUCUUAACAACAUCACUCGCUGCAACAAGACAUCUGUGUGAAAUAAUGGUCUCUUAGGGUGUCCCACGGGUGAGUUAAAAAUGACACAUUACAUUGCACUUAGUCAGGAAAUCUGCCCUCGAGUGCCAGAGUGCACACACACACACCAGAGAUUACAGAUCCUAUAUUCCUUAUGACCGGUCUUACGUUUAGCAACAUGAAUAUCUCUGUGAAGCUCUCAUUGCUCGCAGCCUAGUUAUGUCACAAUGGCCGUCGUAUAUCCAGUGCAUGACUAGCUAGGACGAGUUAAACAUUUUCACCAUAAGAGGCCGACGCCACGGCCAUAUUAGAUGAUACAGACAGAAAUAUUCUGCUCAGGGGAUGGCGAGAGAUUAGCAGGUCAGGUCAUAUGGUCGAACAAGAAUUAGUGACGCAAUCGUGACACACUGAUCCAUGUCACCACAGAUGAGCCUAUAGCAUCCUACUCAACUUAGAUAGCGGCAGGUCAGCCUGCUUAUGAUUGGCCAAUACGGAAACAAAGGAUGCACCCAAAGGAUCAUCAAGCAAGCAUUCUUGUGAGGGAAAUUGUACAUAUGUGGAUAAAGACAGAUUAGACAGUAAACACGUGCUUAUCUUUGUGGUACCAUGUGUUGCAACCUGUCACAGUGAAUGACAGGUGCUCCAGUCCAUUUCCAGUCUGAUGUUUUGAUAACUGUCCCAUUACCAGGGUAUUUGAGUAUUGAUUAUUGUACCUGAAUAUUGUCUGUCCCAUUGACAGUGCUCUUAUUUAUUCACUGCACAAGCCAAUGUGAUUACCCAAGUAAACCAAUUGGAACUUGUGUGUAUCCCUUUGCAUACCAGCAGUGAUAGGAAACCAUGUUAAUGAUUGGUGUCCAAUACUGUCAAGUUUGGUGUUGUCCACGUAUGGAGGGAGAUUGUUCAGUUAGACAUUCCAUGUCUCUGAUGCAAUAAUAACUUUGCCGACAACAAUCUCAAGUAACAACAGUACCCAGUGUAUUAGCACAUAAUUCUGUUGAAUAAACUGUUGAUUGUU